GGUUUUCUGAGAUGAAUAGAAAGCAAUUUUUGUGAAUUCUGCAAAAAACUCAUUCAAUCAUUUUCAAUUGCCUAUUUUAAUUCAACAAAGUUAAAAUAAAAUAGUUCCGGCAAUUGACGAGGCGUAAACAAAUGCAAAACAAUUGUUUGCCAGAUGGAUUCUGCGCAGUUCCCCUUCGAAUGGCAUCAGGAUCAAUAACCUCCUUAUCAACAAGGAAAUAGGGGAAAAACGACAAUAAACCGUUGCCUUGGAAUCAAAACAAAGGGCAGCGGGGAAAAUCAAAACAAAAAGGAAAUAUGUUUGCCGGGCAUGAAAUAGACUAAGCUGAACUAUAAUAGCUACGCUCACUGCCAGUGGCGUUCCACAAGGUAGCUUAAAACCCUGAUCCCAGAAACCAACCUGGAUUGCCAGGAACAACAGGAUGUGGCCCGGCUCCGAGCGAGGAAGCUCUCGGGCCCUGGAGAACCCAACCAGCCAACAAAAUGCCGGCGGUAGUAGUCAGCAGGAAACGCUGGCCGACAUCGAACACAUAUCCACCAUUGCAGGAUCAUUAGCCUCCAUUGGAUCGAUCUCGCACACCCAAAUGCGAUAUCAAUGCACCAACGAUGCCGGUUAUGAUACGGAACAUACAUCCCUAAACUCAGACUUUGAUGAGGCCGAGUUACGUCGGGAGCUAUUAAGAGAUAAAUGGAAACUUCUCUUUGAUAUGUUUGAUCCCGAGGGCUUUGGCGAAAUUUCCGUUGAGGAAUUACUGGUGGCAUUGAAAUCGCCGGAGUUCCUGUCCCAAGUGCCUAUGAACAAGCGCGAGCUUCUUUUUGAGCGGGCCAAGAAGGCGAAGCUGCCCACAGGACCCGGCUACGUGACGUUCCAGGACUUUGUGAAUGUGAUGAGCGGCAAGCGGACUCGUAGCUUUAAAUGCGCCGUUCACCAUCGAGAUCGUGAAGUCUGUUCAGAAAACGAUUUUCAGCUGGUGUUUAACGAACCGCCUUUAUUUCGAAAAAUGGUGCACGCCGUGGCCAUGGAGAUCCUGCCCGAGGAGCGGGAUCGCAAGUACUACGCCGAUCGCUACACCUGCUGUCCUCCACCCUUUUUCAUCAUCCUUGUUACUGUAGUAGAGCUGGGCUUUUUUAUAUACCACUCCAUGGUCACGGGUGAAACCGCUCCAAGGGGACCCAUUCCCUCGGACUCCAUGUUCAUCUACCGACCGGAUAAGCGGCACGAGAUCUGGCGUUUCCUCUUCUACAUGGUCCUCCAUGCAGGAUGGCUUCAUCUUGGAUUUAAUGUGGCAGUUCAGCUGCUUUUUGGACUGCCAUUGGAGAUGGUACAUGGCUCCACGAGGAUCGCGUGCAUCUACUUUUCCGGUGUGCUAGCCGGGAGCUUGGGCACCAGCAUCUUUGAUCCGGAGGUGUUUCUUGUGGGCGCAAGUGGUGGAGUCUACGCUUUGCUGGCUGCUCAUUUAGCAAAUGUCCUGCUCAACUAUCAUCAGAUGCGUUAUGGAGUCAUCAGGUUGCUUCUCAUCCUGAUUUUCGUUUCCUUUGACUUUGGCCUUGCUAUCUAUGCGCGAUAUGCUGGCGAUGAACUGCAGCUGGGAUCAUCAAGUGAAUUCCUGGCCCUAGAUCAAUCUGAAACAGUGGUGGCCGUUUCGUUUGUUGCCCAUUUGGCAGGAGCCAUAGCUGGACUCACAAUCGGUCUGCUAGUUCUCAAAAGUUUCGAGCAGAAGCUCCACGAACAGCUGCUUUGGUGGAUCGCUCUGGGUACUUACUCAGCGCUUGUGGUUUUUGCCAUCGCCUUUAACAUAUUGCAUGGAUUUGCUAUGUUCAACAUUCGCGUUGAAAAAAUCAGAGUGACGGAAACGUAUUUUAACGAUUUCCAGGUGUAAAAAAUCCCAGGAGGAUUUGCAACAGGAUAAUCAGAAUCUUUUCCUUGUUUCAUAUUUAAUUGAUAUAGUGCUUACAUUUUGUUCAUUGCGUUAUUUUUUUUGUUUUGAAAGUCGGUUAAGUUUACCGUUUAUUGUUUUGUUAGCCCUGUAUCUGUAGAAUCAGAUAUAUAAAUUAUUUUCGUUUUGUUUGCUAGUUAAGUACAAAAAAUGUAUUAUAAGAAUUGUAAGAGAAUAUUUACAACAAAUCGAACUGAUUAGGUGUAACAUAAUGCUCAAGGAAUUCCACAAUUUCUAUAUACUUAAAUAUAACUGCAGAAUCUAAAGACUUUUAGGAGCUUAUGGGAAAACUCUGCAAUAAGCUGUUAAAUACAAAUUAAAUAUUUAUAUACAUAAUUGCUUUGAAGGCUAUAUGGAAACCGAUAUUGGCAAAUCAAUAAAUUUUUUCUAAUUACACAGUUCUUUUAACAAAUUGGGAAAACUACCUCAAUACAGCAAAUGAUAAAUAUUAAAUACGUAUAUGGCAAUAAGGUCAAGAAAAUCGGUUUCUAUUUUAUAUAGCCAAGCCUAAAUCAGCACUGCCAGCUUUAGGGAACAAUGAAGACCAAAUAAAAGAAAAAUAAAAGCAUAAAUCUA